ACACCGCCUGUCUGCUGCUGCUGCUGCUGGCUGGCUGCUGCUGCUGGCUGGACCUCUCUGCACUGUUCGUGCUGCAGCCCGAGUAGGACAGCAGCGGCUCACCUGAGCGGCUGAUAACCUGGAAACACACCAAUAGAUUUUCUCCUCUGAAAAGUAUCGACCACUAACUUCAACGGCGUCGGAGCGCAUUACGUGUCCCGACCAACCCCUCUCAUCCCUCCGCCCCAUGGCCAUCGCAGCCCCCCGCCCUCUCCCCCUGGGAGGUAACCUUCAAAGGCUCUGCUCAGCACGAUGGAUGACCAGCUGAGUGAUGGAGAUGGACAGAAUCAAAGGACAUACUCCCUUCAUUGUGACUAGAUGAAGGGACACCAACCUUCUUCAAGCAGUGAGGGGACGUACACUGCAGCAUUUUAAUGUUCUUCAGAGUGAAUUGAUGCACCUAAAAGAAAACAAAUUACUUCUUUGGACAUUGUUUUGAAAAAGAGGAUAUACUGAUCAAACAUAAUCAGUUUGUGGACCAUACUUUCUCAGCAUAGAGCUCAUAUGCUGACUGCUUUACCCCUGUGAUGCUUGUUAUGAGUUGUCCAGCCCGAACCAAUGAGCCAGAGAGCUGCAGCAGCGAGGGGAGCAGCUGCACCACUUCCUCCAUCUCCACCUCCGACCCAUCCUCUAUGUCUGGACACACUCACACCACCCUACCUUCCCUCAGCGAUGACCCCGACACCUCCAGGCAUGAAGCUCCCCCACCUCCUCCCCUGCCGCCCCCACCUCCAGGAGCACCCCCGCCCCCUCCACCUCCAUCAAGCACGUCCACCAACCACAACGCGAGAAAGAAGCGGCGCGUCCGCAGCUUCUUCUGGAAGCCGAUACCGGAGGAAAAGGUACGCGGGAAGCCCAACAUCUGGACUAUGGCGGUGCGGCAGCAGCAAUACCAGAUCGAUGUUCGCUCUGUGGAGGAGCUGUUCGGGCAGCAGGAGGAGGCCGUGACAGGCAUACGUGGGACGACAGCGGCCAAUGGAACCUCAACUCGUGUCUCUAGGUCCCGAUCCUUCAAGGAGAGCAGCAAGGAUGAGAUCAGUAUUCUUGACUCCAAGAGGGGGAUGAAUGUGGGCAUUUUCCUGAAGCAGUUCAAGAAGUCCAACCGCUCUAUUGUUGAAGACAUACGACGUGGAGAAGGAAAGGUCUAUGGUGCGGAGCUGCUCAAAGACCUCCUGAAGCUGUUGCCUGACGCAGAGGAGAUCAAGAAACUUCAGGCUUUUAAAGGAGACCCAGACAAGCUGACACUGGUCGAUUCCUUUAUGUACCUCUUGAUCCAGGUGCCUCAAUUCGAGGUUCGGAUCGAGGCUAUUGUCCUCCAGGAAGAGUUCUUCCCUUCCUGUGCUGUAAUGAGCCACGAGAUCGAUGUCGUCCGCGUCGCCACUAAAGAGCUGAUGAGCUGCGAGGAGCUUCAUGCCAUUCUGCAUCUGGUGCUGCAGGCCGGAAACAUCAUGAACGCUGGUGGCUACGCAGGCAACGCUGUGGGGUUCAAGCUGUCAUCCCUCCUCUCAUUGGCUGACACCAAGGCCAACAAGCCAGGAAUGAAUCUGCUGCACUUUGUCGCCAUGGAGGCAAAGAAAAAAGACGAGAAGCUGCUCAAGUUUCCAGAGAAACUUCAUGAUGUCCAGAGUGCAUCCAGAAUCUCAGUAGAAAACAUCGAGGUGGAGUUUUCCUCCUUAUACGUUCGGAUUAAAUCCUUGGAGGAGAAGGUUCAAGGAGACCAGGAGCUACUGCAGCAGCUGGAGCCCUUUUUGCAGAGUUCAGCACAGACACUUCAGGACCUGAAGAGACGCAGGCUGGAUCUGCGUAAAGAGGGAAACGCCCUCAUCGAUUUCUUUUGCGAAGACAAGGACACCUUUAAGCUUGAUGAGUGCUUCCGUAUCUUUCAAGAUUUCUGCAUCAAGUUCAAGAAAGCUGUCAAGGACAACACGGAUCGCGAGUUGAAGGAAGCAGCCAGACAGCGUCGUCUAAGAGAGUUGGAGGAAAAGCGCUUUGCUUGGUCGGGUGCGGAUCAGAGCAGCGUAUUUGGUCGGAGCAGCAGCGAGAACGACGUGGAGAUGCUCACCAAGGAAGGGCUUCUGGACUUCUUCCAGCAGAGGUCUCAGAGUCCACAUAGCCCGCUGGGACGUUCUGCCAGCGCCCGCCGGCACCGUCACACCAUGACCUCCAUAGCGGACCGAGAGCUCCAAGGAUACCUUGAACUAUUUGGAGGAACUGGGAAUCCCACAGACUAUUCCAAGUUUAACAGCCUACCUCGGCCGGGCCGCAUCAUGCAACGUAAAACAACCCCCUGGAUCUCGGCCCAGGACGACAACCGUGAGCUGGGCUGUGACAGGCAGGUGACGUCUCCCCAUGCAGAAACUGAGCCCAUCAGCCCACUGGCCAAGUUUUCCUCCUCUGGGCUAAAUGAUAAUGAUCCAUACAACAACAAUAUUUACUCAUCUGUGUCAGAGGGCAGCGCUCUGCCUCAUUCCUUUUGUGUCUUUCAAAAGCCCGCUCAUCUUCCAACCCCCACAGUUACCGGCCACAUGAAUGUUAGUGUGGAGAAGCACACUUUAGUUCGAGGUCCUCAAGCUUUUGACCUUCCUAGUCCAAACAAUAACAGUAAUCAUAUGCACUUUGUCAACCAGGGGGAUGUCGUAGUGACUGAUUUGGAAAGGGAAAGACCGUCACCUCCCACAAGUCUGGACAACCUCCUACAUGAUAGAGUUUUAGAAAGAAGAGCAGAUCCCAAAGCAGCCUGGGAAGGUAAAAUAGAUACUCCCACACAGUCUGACGUCUCUCCAGAGAAAGAAGAAGAGGACAACAGCACAGUUUCAUCAACAACCUGUGAUACACCCCUCCCACUAGACACCUCUGUAUCCAAUAAGAAACCAAUGUUUUAUAUACUAGACUGCACAGAAACAGACUGCUCUGUCACUUUGGAUUACUCUGAGGUUGAAAGCUCGUCUCUAACCAAAGAGGGACUUUUCAGAAUGACUGAGUGCAGCAAAGAUCAGGAGAGCCAGCAAGAUCCAAGCUCUCUGUCCUCUAAUUUGGAGUCUAUGUCUCCCAACGAUCAGUCUGUUUCAACAAAUGAGCUUUCGGCGCCAAAAUCUGUAGACGCAGCAUCCAUGACUCCGUCUCCUACCACAGAGGAGUGGGACACAGAGAGCUGUGACACUGCUGAGGGAAAACAAGUUGUGGAGAAAGAUGCUCAGAAAAUCAGCAGAAAACCAGCUCACACAAAGAGCAAAGCUAACAAAGCGACUAAAUCCAGUGGAGGUCGCAGCGUGCGAACGCUGACCAGCAGCGAGAGCCAGGGCAUGCGCAAAGUCGUGCCCAUUAGCAAGCUUGCAAGGACAGGUAGCAGCAAAAAAGCAGAGGUGCAUGACAGUGGAGAGUCACGCCGGCCUCUUCGAGACCAGAGCACCCCGGCAAGGGGAAGGAGCGAGAAGACCACAAGACCGCUUCGACACUCCAGUCUGCCUCCUGAUGAGUCGAAGGUUCAGAAGGGAAGCGGCCUCACAGGCGGCAUUUCGAGAUGGGCACGUGACUCAACCCCAAAAAAGGCUUCCAUCCACAAGCCGAGCGCCAAACCUCUGAGGAACAUCCCCAAGCCUGCACCUGAGGAGAAGAUGUGCCGCUCCACCAUGAGAGCCCUGGCACAAGCCCAAGCCCAAGCUCAGGCUCAGGCUCAGGCUCAGGCUCAGGCUCUGGCUCAGGCUGGAGCUUCCUCUGAGAACAGCAGCUCUCACACACUCAGCAUAAAAAACACUUCCGGUGUCCCCAGCUUUGCUCGCAACACCGUAGCUUCGACUUCCAGGGUCAAGAAGGAGCUGAGCACCCCGUCCGUCCCCUCCACCCCGUCUCGCAGCCCCUCACUUCUAGCUCGACAAACUCCUGUGAAGCAGAACAGGUUGUCACCCACAGUUCAAACUAGCGAGGAGCGGCCACAAGGGACAAACCUGCGACGGGUGCUAAGUGUGAAAGCAGCCAGUCGCAGUGCCUACCGCAGCGAGACUCCCCCGCCACCUCAGACACGUGAAGAUAUUCGUAAAACUAAUAGCUUUUCUGAAAAGUCCAUCCAGUCUAGAGACUUGGUGACUCCCAGCAGAAGUUCUAAACGAACCUGGAAAUAAAACAAACCUAGAGUAGAAAGAGAGACUUUCUCCCUGAGUUUAAUCUAAAUUGAUAUUUGCUCUUAUUUCCAAUCUACAGUGCAGAUGUAUCCUCUCAUAUCAUGCAAAAGACAGGAAUCUGAAAGAAAAUUAAAAAAAACCUUCAAGUUAUGUCACCUUGUAAGGUUCCUUCUGUAGCUGACUCUGUAUCAGGUUUAUGAAUUGCAAAGAGCAAGAUGCAAUGAACUGCUCCGUGUGUUUCUGUUUUGUCCAUACAAAAAAAGCUGUUGUUUUCACAACUUCCUGUUUUUCCCUGGGGGGUUAUUAACUAAACUGACAAAUGGCAAAUUGGUGUUUUUACACAGGAGCCUCUUUGCCUGCUUAGCUGUCUAUGUACUGUACUGUAUAUGCUACUGUCUGUGAUGAUGUUGAUGUUGAACACUACUGACUAUAUGAUGCUGCUAUUUAGCUCUGACAAUUUGAGACUGAGUUUCAGUGUCUUUCAUUCAGGGUUACUAGAUUUGUUGUACCUUAACUUGCUGCUGUUACGGUGUCUUUUAGUUUUGUUGCAUCCUCCUGUUGAGUAUCGCUCCGUUUGCUUUUUGGUUCCUUUGCUUGUUACCUCAAAAAGAUCGCAGUGGCCUUGUACCAGCAGAAAAUGUAGAAUAUGUUCAUUUUUCUCUGCAUGAUGAAGAUGAAGACGAAAUCAGAUAAAUUGGUUUUAAACUGCAAUGCCACUUUUUACAAAUUCCUGGUAUAUUAAUAUUACUACAAUAUAUAAAGUCACAGAUUAUAAGCCAGUGUAUACCAACUGUGGUACUUGUUGUACCUUGUGUAUGUAUCAGUAGUUUGUAAAUGUGUUAGAACUCCUCCAUAAUGUCAUGGGGUAGACGUGCACGUAGGAAAUGUUUCCUGUAUACUGUAGGCUAACACACGAUUAAUGCUAAUGCUUGGAGAGAAAAGCGUUGAAACACUGAAAUGAUCAUCAGGCAUGUGAUUAUUUUGACAGUCUGGUCUAAUUUGUCUACUUUGAAUGUAGUCAUUUCACAUUUUCUCUAGGCCUGCACUUUUCUUAACAAGGUUAAAUUGCAACAAUUUCCCUAACUGGUCAUAAUUCAGCCAACUGUAGCCCCGGUUUGUGCCUCACGUGUAUUGCCAUUACGUUUAAUUCACAGAGCUAAGGGUCUGUUAUUCUGGAAAAUAAAUACCAGAAGGUUGUUUAACAGCAAUUUUGGCAGUUUUGAAGGUAUUUCCCAAGUUGCUACUGUAUUUCAGAUACAGGUAGCCAGAAAUGAUAUAAGACCAUGCUCAUUUUGUAUAGCACAAGAACAAUAUAAACAUUAAAAAACAAAUUAAAAAUGUAAAAUGACACACAUAUGUAAUUUCUUGGCUAAUUUGUUUCUUUGAAAACAAUAGUCUGUUAGUUUUAUUAUCAGUUAUAUUUGUCCAUAAUAAUGUUAUGACAUUAUAUAUAUAGAACUGGCUUUUACUUAUGUUACUUGUGCUGUACAAAAUGAGCAAAGAAUAAUAUAAUUUCCGGCUCCUGGAUAAGUUAAAAGUCUUUUUUAUCAUGUUGUCUAGAUGGUUAGAAGAGUCUGUGAGUGUUUUAAACAACCGCCUCUGCUUUUCAAAGAUCACCGAUUAUUAUUAUUUCUUAUAAAUAGAUGCUUAGCUCUGUGACUCGAAUAUAAAGGUAAUCCAUGAAAAGGCCCAAACUGGAGCUAAAUUCAGCCCUGUUGACCAUUUCACACCACUUGCCUUUCAAACUGCAUUGUGCCAUUGCCUUGAUGGCAACAACACCCACGACAGUGCAUUGCCUUAAAGCUUAAUGUAGCCGAUCCACCACCAGUAGAGACUCCUUGAUUGUCAAAGGAUGGUAGAAACCUUUCCUACAUUCCAUCACACUGAACUGCUGGUUAGUGAUUCACUUUGUACAUAAUGUAAAGACAUAGUAUUUUUCUGAUUAUCAAUAUGUUUACAUAGCAUUAAGUAAUGAAGGGUAAGAGAGUGAAGUAUGUGAGUGCACAGAUAUAAAAAAAAAUGGUCCAAACAUCCAUAUCUUCUUUGUUGAGAGUGUCGACAGUGUGUUGACAUGCUGUGGGUGUCUUCCUGUUCCCUGUAAUGCAAAUGAAGUUGAUGAACCGAUGACACAAAAGGCCCAGUGUGACUUACCACUGUGUGUGUGUGUGGUCUGCAUGUAACCUAAAUUUAGAAAACCCUUUUCACAUAGUGGCAAGUAAAGUAACUAAUGACUGAUGUUGGUCUUGGUUAAUCAUUGAAGUCCAUAAAAUAGGUGAAAAAGGCCCAUCACAGAACUCAAAAUGCUUGUUUUGAUAGAAGAUAUCAAAAAUUUGAUCAUUGAAGAACUUUUGCUGGUUUUCUAGACACAGUUUAGAAGGUGAACCAGAUAAUUUCUGCAUUUUCACAUGGAAAAUUACUCACAUUAUUAUUUGAUUGUUAAAUUCUGCUUGUUGAUAAAUCAAUUUAUCAACUACUUCAGCUCUAAAAUAGUCACUUUGGGACUGGGAUUGCUACAGCUCAUGAACUCUCGCUUCCAUUCAACCUAAAAUGAAGAUAUCUUUAAUUUGAGCGUGAAAAUUGCCUGUAGUUUAACGUCUUUUGAAGUAUAACCUCCUGUAAACGAACAGUCACAAAGAUUGUUGAAAAUGAUUUACUCAGUUUACAGUUUUGUAAUUUAUAAACCUUAUGAACAAAGAAUCCAAGGACAAAUGUGUCUUUAACACAAAUAACUCUGUCUCUUGGUUUGAAUGUAGAAAAAUGUCUCCGUACAACAUUUAAUUGAGGAAUCAGUGUUUGUUUACAUUUGGAUUGGAUUUGGAUUUAUUUUGCAGCUUGCUACAGCUGAGAUACUAUUCUACCAACGUGGACACAAUUUAUACAAGUAGUCCCAAUCUUCUCCACUCUGUCUGUCCUCCUUUGUGUAUCCCACAAUGCCCCCUGCUGCCACCUUUUUAACAGCCUCGAGCAUUACAAUGGAUGCCCUUUACAUUACAUCUGACUGGCUUACAGCAGUAGAGCUGCUAUGGAAUUUGAAUACUUACUUGCCCUUUUCAAAACAACUUCCUUGUUGGGGAGUAGUUGCCGUAGUAACAAAACAUCAAUUACAAUUACUUACUAAAAGCCCUGUAAACCUAAAAGGUCAAUGCCGUAUGCAAACUUUGAUCACGUUACAACUUCUAGAAAAAGCCUAAAACUGGUGUUGUUUCAUGUCGCUCUACCCAAACCGGCUCCCAGUAUGUGGCUUUUAUAUUAUUUAGACUUAAUCUUUUUCCUUUUGUUUUUAAUGAUUACCUGCAGAAAUGUUGAUUCUCUCGUCGUACUCUUAUGUACUCGCUCAAAUUAUCUUUCACCAAAUGAUUAAAUGUGUCUUGUUCUGGCAUUAAUUUCCCCAGCAAUGUCUUUUGUACACUGGAAAAGGAGUUUUUUUUCCGUUUUUGACGUGUCUGCUGUAGUUUUCACACCUGAGGCAAAUAGGUGCUUGCUCUGCUUGGUCUUUUACAAUCAGAAGUCUCACAAUGAAAAAGAAAAGACUGAUCACUAUGUUGAGCAAACGAUGAUCUCUGAUCACUAGACCACAGGGCUGCAAAUUGUGACGUUACUGCAGUUUAUAUUUCUGAUGAUGACAUCUGAGAAAUAAAUAAAAAUCACAUGUUGCUGUGUAAACUGAAAA